UGGGCAGUGCUCCGGGAUUUCGGGCUGUCUGGGAAGCCGCUUCGUGAAGCAGGUGACGCUGACUGGACCUCAGGGAUGUGCGAUGGCAUCGGUGCGGGUCGCCGUCCGCGUCAGGCCCAUGAACAGGCGGGAAAAGGAUUUAUCCGCCAAAGUCAUCAUUCACAUGGAAGGGAACAAGACAUCUGUAACGAACAUAAAGAUUCCCGAAGGCUUGUCAGGAGAUUCCGUACGGGAACGGGUCAAGACCUUCACGUACGACUUCUCCUAUGAUUCCGGUGACGGAAGAAGCGCUACCUUUGUGUCCCAGGAGAAGGUCUUCAAGGACUUGGGCUCCGACGUCCUCAAGGCUGCUUUCGAGGGUUACAAUGCCUGCAUUUUCGCCUAUGGUCAGACAGGCUCUGGGAAGUCCUACACCAUGAUGGGAAACCCGGGUGACUUGGGCCUCAUCCCCCGGAUCUGCGAGGGCUUGUUCAGCCGCAUCUCCGACAUGAGCCGCUGGGACGAGGCCUCCUUCCGCACCGAGGUCAGUUACUUGGAGAUCUACAACGAGCGGGUUCGGGACCUUCUGCGGAGGAAGUCCACCAAGACGUUCAACCUGCGGGUUAGGGAACACCCCAAGGAUGGCCCCUACGUGGAGGACCUCUCGAAGCACCUGGUACAGAACUACGGUGACGUGGAAGAUCUGAUGGAGGCCGGCAACAUCAACCGCACCACGGCCAGCACAGGCAUGAAUGACGUCAGCAGCCGCUCGCACGCCAUCUUCACUAUCAACUUCACGCAGGCUAAGUUCGACGCAGAGAUGCCCUGCGAGACCGUGAGCAAGAUCCACCUGGUGGACCUGGCGGGCAGCGAGCGGGCGGAUGCCACAGGGGCCACUGGCGUCAGACUGAAGGAGGGCGGCAACAUCAACAAGUCCUUGGUCACUCUAGGCAAUGUCAUCUCGGCGCUGGCUGACCUUUCUCAGGACAGCAUUGGGGGCUCCGGUGGCAAGAAGAAGCAGGUGUUUGUGCCGUACCGAGACUCUGUGCUGACGUGGCUGUUGAAGGACAGCUUGGGUGGGAACUCCAAGACCAUAAUGAUUGCCACCAUCUCGCCCGCUGACGUGAACUACGGCGAGACGCUAAGCACGCUCCGCUACGCGAACCGGGCCAAGAAUAUCAUCAACAAGCCCACGAUCAACGAGGACAGCAACGUGAAGCUGAUCCGUGAGCUGAGGGCGGAGAUCGCCCGUCUGAAGGCGCUGCUCGCCCAGGGCAACCAGAUUGCGCUGCUGGACUCGCCCACGGCCCUCAGCAUGGAGGAGAAGCUUCAUCAGAACGAGGCCAGAGUCAUUGAACUAACCAAGGAAUGGACGAACAAAUGGAAUGAAACCCAGAACAUACUGAAGGAGGAGACACUUGCUUUAAGAAAGGAGGGUAUCGGGGUGGUCCUGGACUCUGAAUUGCCUCACUUAAUUGGCAUCGAUGAUGACCUUCUCAGUACUGGAAUCAUCCUGUAUCAUCUGAAGGAAGGAAGGACCUAUGUUGGCCGUGAAGAUGCCACGACGGAGCAGGACAUUGUUCUUCACGGCCUGGACCUGGAGAGCGAACAUUGCGUCUUCGAGAACCUCGACGGCACCGUGACCCUGGUCCCGCUGGAUGGAGCCCAGUGUUCCGUUAAUGGGGUGCAGGCUGUAGAACCCUGCCAGCUGAACCAAGGUGCUGUCAUAUUACUGGGUCGGACCAACAUGUUCCGGUUUAAUCACCCCACGGAGGCUGCGGAGCUCCGGGAGAAGAGGAAGAGCGGGCUCCUGUCCACCCUCAGCCUGUCCAUGACGGACCUCUCUAAGUCCUGCGAGAACCUGUCAGCGGUCAUGCUCUACAACCCGGGACUCUUCGGCGUAAAGGGGCCCGUCUGUCUCAGGCUGGAAUUCGAAAGGCAGCAGCGCGAGGAGCUGGAGAAACUGGAGAAUAAACGGCGUUUGAUUAAGGAGAUGGAGGAGAAGCAGAGGUGCGAGAAGGCGGAGCUGGAGCGCAUCCAGCAGGAGGUGGAGUCCCAGCGCAAGGAGUCGGAGCAGGUGCAGCUGCGCAUCCGCUGGCAAGAGGAGAGCCUGAUGCGUCGCAGCCGCGACAUCGAGAGCCGGCUGCGUGACCUCCUGGCCGAGAAGGAGCGCUUCGAGGAGGAGCGUCUGAGCCGCGCCCAGGAGGAGCAGGACCGGCUGCAUGAGGCCCACCACAAGGAGCGUGCUGAGAAGACCGAGAUCUUCCGCGAGCUGGAGAAGCUGCGGCGGGAACGUGAUGAGCAGGCCAUGCGAAUGGAGGCGGAGAAGCGGCGGCUAGAGGAACAGGAGCUGGAACAGCGCCGCCUGGUGGGCCGGCUGGAGGAGCAGCUACGUGAGAAGCAGGAGAGCAUGGGUCUCUUGCGCAUGGAUGACGUGCAGAGGGCCGAGGACGAGCGUGCUGUCCUGGAGGGCAUUAGGGGUGCCCUGCUGGAGGCCAAGGAGGCGCGGCCCGAUGGCAGUGAGGAGCACCCAGAGGUGCGGAUUGCCAAGGCCCACUACGUGGACUUCAAGGUGGCGCAGCUCGCACAGCUGGAGCGACUCCGGGCUGGGCUUCUGCGGCAAAAGGAGCGUCUGGAAAUGGACGUGCAGAGCGAGCGGAAGGCCCUGGGUGUGCUCCUCCAUGCCCACGAGGAGCACCAAAGGCAGAAGGCAGGUGCCCAGGAUGUGGCCAGGCUGGCGCAGGAGAAGGAGCGCAUCUGGCAAGCGGAUCAGUGGCUCCGCUACAAGGAGCGGCAGCUGGAGCGCCUGACACAGACACGGCUGCCCGCCUUGGAGGAGGAGCGUCGCUCCGUGGCGGAGAUCUUGGAGCGGGGCCCUCCGGGCCUGGACAACGCCCUCUACCAGGUAGAGAAGGAGCUGGAGGAGAAGGAGGAGCAGCUGUCGCUGUACCUGGCCAGCGCCGACCAGCUGCAGCAGCUGCGGGAGACCUACGAGUUCACAGCCAACGUGGCCCGGCAGGAGGAGAAGGUGCGCCGCAAGGAAAAGGAGAUCCUGGAGUGCCGCGAGAAGCAGCAGCGCGAGGCCCUGCAGGAGGCGGUGGCGCGCCUCGAGCGACGGCACUCCGCCCUGCAGCUCAGCUCCACCCUGGAGCUGGAGCUGGAGGAACAGAAACGCAAGCUUUCCGGCCUGGACCUUUCCAACAGCCAGGCGGGGCUUCAGGCCAACUUGGAGGCGGAGCACAGGACCAUAGAGCUGGACAGGGAGAGGCUAGAGAGAGAGAUCCAGCAGCUGAAACAGAGGAUCCGGGAGAGCGAGGGCAGCCCACGGAGCCGGCACAGCAGCGGGGACGAGAAGGCGGGUCUGGGUACAUCCCCCGUCAGCCCCGUGAGGCCUGGCAUGCUGCCCAUCGCCGACGACAGGAUCAGCGCGUACAUUGAGGAGGAGGUACAGAGGAGGCUGCACAAGAUGAAUCUCUUCAAUGAUGGGGCCAGCAUCGAGCUCUCGCUCCCCUGCGAGGCGCUGAAGGGGGGACAAGCAUCUAAUAGUGAGUGUAGCUCCCUUAAAGAGGCAGAUGAGGAAGAGGAGAAACCUCAAAACGGGAUUGAUCUGCGUAAGCUGAAGUAUGAGCGCCUCAUUUCCCGCUCUCUCGGACCCUGCCGAGUGGAUAUGAAGAACCCGGUGAAGAUCAGCAUUCCUCGCUAUGUUCUGCGCGGUCAAGGCAAAGAUGAGCACUAUGAGUUCGAGGUCAAGAUCACAGUCCUGGACGAGACGUGGGCGGUGUUCAGGAGAUACAGCCGCUUUCGGGAAAUGCACAAGACCCUGAAGAUGAAAUAUCCUGAGCUGAGCUCCCUGGAGUUCCCACCGAAGAAGUUGUUCGGAAACCGGGACGAAAGAAUGGUCGCUGAGCGGAGGGGGUCACCUGGAGAGAUACCUGAAGAACUUCUUCCAGGUGAUGCUGGACUCAAGGGACUCCCCGCUGCACGCGGAGCGCUCCGGCUUCCGGCUGUCUAAGCACGCCAUCUGCGAGUUCUCCCCAUUCUUCAGGAAGGGCGUGUUCGACUACAGUAGCCAUGGUACAGGCUGAGGGCAAGGGCGGUGGACUUUCAGGCGAGUGUUUCUGCACAGCCUUGCUCAGCUUACCGCAGCUUGACACAUAGGAGUCCGGAUCAUGUGCCUGAAACCAGGUUCCAUGCUGAUCCGGAACUGUUCCGAGUGUUUUCAAAGAGAGAACGGGCAGCCGACACCCUCCCAAGAAAACAGACAAAUAAAGCAUUAUCCUGUUAAAUCUUCUUGAUGCAUUAUGUCCACCACUGUACAUUGGGCUGUGGUUUUUUUCCUACAGUGUUUCGCUGUAGCUAACGGGGGUAUCUUUGAGCUGUUUUUUCGUCGCUCUCUCACUUCCCCUUCUCCGUAGACCACGGCAAGGUCCCCCGCCUCCGGGUUCGGUCAGACGCGACCAACCUCAGAAACAAAGGCGAAAGUUUAGCCUCCCACCUCCUGGCACCGCCUCAGGACUGCUGUCUUUUCAAUUUCUGUGGGCCAAUAAAUUAAUAUCAAAAUGAGCCUGAAACUGGUAAUUGAGUUUUGAAGGCAUCCAAGAGGAACCGACCAGAGUCUGCAAAGCAACAGAACUUUCUACCCAAGUUAAUCAUCCGUAGUUUUCAAUUACGCCUAACCCUUCUGUGAGUCUACGUGCAUUUUCAAGUAUCUGGCUGAGGUAGCGCAUUCAAACAACAUCCAUGGCAGUGUUUUUCAUUUGGGUCUCGUCCCCAGUGGCCUUAUGCCACGUAGUAUGCCUUGGACCUCAUCUUCUUGUACCCGUUGCUGCGGCAACCACCCGCAAAGGUGACAGCGGAAUGGUGAAAAGGUAGAGGCUAUCGGAUACUCUUCGGGCCAUUAAGCUUAGCAUUAAAUCAGCGCCGCACUGUUUUGAGGAACAGGUGUGCCAUAACCUUUGUUAUGACCCCCCCCCCCCCCAUUAAACAUUGAACGUGAAGGUGGGCCGGGACAGUUACUGUCUUUAUUUCAGUUAAAUAAAGAUGAAUCUCCAGGGCUUGACAAGCAGGGAAGCAGGAAAAGGGUGCCGCAGUUUUAUGGGAGAUGUGAAAAUCCAGAAGAUACAGAUAGAGGAUCUCCGUGCACUAUUGAAGCUGCACCUUAUUGUGGAGUCCGUCACAAAGACUCUUUGUACUCCGUGCUGCUAAAGGCUUCCUAUAUGAUUCCCAGGCAACAAUGUUUCUGUCAGUCUCUGCGAUUUGUUUAGAAUAGAUUAGCAUAUUCUUGCCGAGUGCCACGUACCGAAACAAUGCAUUAAAGCGCUACCGAGGCAUCUAUUAAUUUCCAGUAAAAGCUGCGCGACUUUCAAGAAUUGUUAAUUUUUCAUUUUCCUUCAUUGCACAUUCAGUUUAGGCUGCAUGUUCAAAAAUAAACACGGAAUUGAAAUCUUUUCAGGAGAAACAGCAAUAAACAGAAGAAGCUCUUUAUCUGCCCCAUUUAAAUGUUUUAGGGUGAUAAUUAACAUUUAAAAAGAGCAUUAUAAGAGCAAAUUUAAAUGUUUCAUUUGGCUUAUCUGGUCCCAGGUGAUGGGUGGAUUCAUAAUAUAAUGUCCCACAAACUAAAAGCUUUGACAUAUUUCAAAAUGGGAUAUGAAAAAGGUGGAAUCAAAUGUGUCCGGAAAGACAAAAUGCCACCUCUCUGUGCUCCAUGGUAUAGUCACGGCACCGUCUGGCUGUGGCAUUUAAACCCUCAGGGUUUUUGUCACUUGUGGGCGGAGCUUUCUGCAGCUUGGCGAAGGUCAGCUGGCUUCCUUCAGAGCACGCCUUUAGGAGAUGCAGUUCCUGAUGAUGACUUACAGGAGUGGCGGUUCUGGCAGGGACCUGUUGCGGACUGGAAAAUCUCCUCGUCCCUCCCCACGCUGCGUCCAACUCUUGCUCAGGUCCACUUCGCAACUAAAGUCUUCCAGCGUAGGAACGCUAGCAGAAGACACACUGUGUCUCCUCAGGGACCCAGGUCCCCAAGCCUGGCCCAUUCACUGUGUAGGACUUCCCACUACUUAACACUCACUACUAAUUAAUGACCGACCUCAAACUGCACUCCAGCUUAUCUUGAGCUUACCUAUCCUGCCUUCUGGUUAAUGAUAUUGGCCAACUUCCUGAUUAUCUCUUGCAAGCCAUAGAAAACAUAAUGUAUCUAUGUAACCACAUUGUUAGCAAACAGCGAAAUGGUUGUAUUUACAUAUAAACACACGUGUAAUGAAUGUCACGAAGGGAAUGUAAAUCAGACAUUCAAAUCGACAUUUCCUCUAUUGUGUGUUGCCAUGUAUUUUGUUGCAUCCCAACAAGACGAAGGAGCCCACCAUUUUGUCUUUGUGACAAUCGGACUUUUCACUACUAUAUGAUUGUUCAUCGUGUUUUGAUGUCUCAGAGCGACUCUGAGCUGGAUUACAACGUUAAGCUGGUCUGUCUGUAGAUGACUAAUGUAUGUGAUGCAGGAAAUCGUUCAGAUCUUGUUUUGGGAGAAAUAUUGCAGUUUGUUUUGAGAGUCUUUCUCUCAUUGUGUUUAUAUUCUGUAUGUAUAAAAACCAGUCCAAGCUGAUUUUGAUUUUCAGUCACACUGGCUUAAUAAAUUGCUCACUUUGG